CCCAGUCGGAGGAAAGCUCCUCGUGUUGAUGCUCCUGACACUGACUGUGAGAUGGUCUUUGCUCCAGAGACUGUUGAGUGUUUUCUACAAGAUCUCCAGCUAUCACUAAGCGAUGCCUCUGGUGAUGAGCUAGAAACAUCUGCUCCAACAGCUCCUCCUGUGGCUUCUUUAGACUGGGGCACAAGAAAAAGUCUCUUUUUAGAGAGGUGGAAGACUGAGAGGCCCCGUCUGAUUAACAGCACAGCAGCACAAGAAAAUGUUGCAAACCGUAUCUGCCAACAGUGUGGGAGCAAUCCAGCUGCUGUCCGUUGUCGUGACUGCCGACCACGCCCUUUCCUCUGUGCUGAAUGUGAUGUUAGCAUGCACACCAGACAAGUACUUCACAACAGAGAUGCCAUGACAGCUGGAUUCUUCCAGCCAUUACCUCCAACAACUUUUGUUGCUGACAAGGCUCUUUCCCAUUGUGUUCGGCUUAUGCCUGUAGAAAUGCCUGAGAAAAUCUGUGGAUGCUCAACAGUGUCCUUAAGGGUCAACCCAGGAAAGGUUGUUGCUGUGGUCACAAUUAAUGGAAGACACGAUCUCAGCAUGCCUGAGUUGAGUUGUCACACAUGUGAUGCCACUUGGGCUGCUGGAUUGGACGAUCUUAUCCAGAGUGGCUACUGGCCUGCAACACUUCACUUCUCUACAAUUUAUGAAACAGAUGUGUUUUAUUCAUUUGAAGAGAUGAAGAUGGCCGCACCAGGACUUUCCUGCCAGGCAUUUUUAAGAAUGCUGGAUCAAAGAACUUUCCGCUUUGGCCGUUCUGGGAAGAUCUCAGCAGGCAACUUUCAGCAAAGUUUUUUUGAGUGGGAGGCUGUCCGAUUUGAGGUGGAAAACAUCUGCAAAGAGGAGAGCUUCAUCUGUCCUGCAUGCACCCCGGAUAUGCUUGCGGUUUCAGUGGAUGGAAACCGUAAGCACUACCGCUUCAAGCAUGCAGCUAGAUCCGAGGAAAAGGCCACAUUUGAAGGCGUCUUCAUUGCCAAGGAUGAAGAAGUGACACGAUUUGUGGACUAUAUCCACAGGACAACUAAACAUGUCUCUGGAAGAGGUGUUUGUGGAGGGGAGUGGUCCGCAGCCAGAGAGACUUCCCAAAGAUCCACCAGCAAGGUAGACGAGGAGGGCCUGGAGCUUGCGGUGUGUCGCCAUGGAGUACUGCUCUGUGCACUGAAUAUGUACAGGGGAGAAAUAUUUGCCUAUCCCUUGUACUUGCAAGAAAAGCUGGCCAGCAGGAAUAUCACUUUUUUUUGUAUGGAUGUCACAUGUACAUUUUGGCCCUACCUUAAAAAAGUUACAAAGAGCUGCCCAGAGCUUCAGCACCUUCUCCAGAUGAGGCCCUUCCUCUCGGUAUUUCAUGCCAAAGCCCAUGAUUUCAAAUGCGAGGUGAAAUGGAGUGGGGCGUAUCAGGAGGGGGCUGGCUUAACACUCGGAGAGGAAGUGGAACAGUGCAAUGCCUUUCUCUCUAGGAUUGCUGUAACAACCAAACACAUGACAAAAGCAGGACGCACAGACAUGCUUACUCUCAUGGCCAUGCGCUGGAAUCAGCAAAAAUUCAGAAAUUUGGCAACCUCACUGUGUCACCGAUAUCAGAAGACCACCAAAGUUCUGCAAAACCAGUUGCAGAACUUGGAGACCAUGAAAGUGCAAAUGGCAGUGACAGAGAGCAAAUUGGAAGACUGGGUCAAUGAUGUCAAGGAGUGGGCAGAAGGUAAGGGAGGCUAUGGCGCAGUGGCCUAGUGCGUUGGUGUUGGGAUCAGGGGGUCACAGGUUCAAACCCUGAGACACUUCACCCCAAAUUGCUCCCGUGGGGAUUGUCCACAGUAUUGAGUAUGUAAGUCGCUUUGGAUAAAAGUGUCUAACAAGUGACAUGUCAUGUACUGAGGAAAUGAUUAACAUAUAUGACUUUAGAAAAAGUAACGCCCUUCUGCAAU